GCUGUUAUAUAUUUAUUUGUAUGUAUUUAUAUUUAUACACCGGUAUAUCUAACACAGUGUCCUGUUGCAUGUUAAUGGAAAACUGAAGAGGAUUCAGUUAAUCCUCCUGUGACCAUAACGGCAGCCACAGUGAGCUGCUGUCUGCAAACAUCAAAUCUUUCUGGGUCAGCAUUUUCUCUCCAGGUGAACGGGGUCGAAUGUUUAGAAUAAUACAUAUCUGCAUGAUACCUCCCCCGUUCAUUAAUAACAGUAAGACUGUUAUAUUUGGAUUAUAAGUUUUCUGAAAUUUUAAAUAUGCGAAUGAGGCAUUAUCUAAUUCCAAGUCCUAUUUCAUCCUUUGACCCUCAUCCCUACAUAGAAACACAUAGAAAUCAGUCCACAGGCAGCAGAGGAACAAAGCUACACUACAGCCUGUUCACUCUCUGCUCACACACACUGACACACACAGAUUAUACAGAGACACUAAACAUAUGGAAGCUUUAACUGAUCCAUAUAUGAGUUGAUUAGUUGAUAAACUGUCAUUAAGCACUGCAGAAGAGGACACAACUAGGUGACGUAAUUAAAAGAGCUCCAAUCAGAGAAUAGAAUACAACUGAAAUGAAUAAAAAGUCCAAGUUUAACUUUAAUGUUUUAAAAGAAGUGACAGUUGUAGCAGAGCUGUUUGUUGCAGAUAUGUAGAGAAUAAAAACUGCUGAAAGUGGCGGUUUUAUAGUUUGGUGGUUUUAUGGGUAGAGUUUAGUGGUAUGAUGGGUAGAGUCCGGUGGAAUUAUGGGUAGAGUUAUGUGGUAUUAUGGGUAGAGUCUGUGCAGUGACAGUGUGUGUGGUGUUCGGCUGUAAGCGAGCAGUGGACAGCAGUCCAUUCACACGCUGCUGCUGCUCAUACGGUGGAUCGCUGACAUGAUGUCACUGUAGUGCCUGGUGCACAGUGUCCCCCACUCCCUGCAGUUAAAGCAGAUUAUCCCCAGAGAGACAGCAGACCGGCCUCCAUGUGCGAACAGCCACAUAAGCUGAUCAGAGGUGCCAUCUCACUGACCGGACUCUACCUGGUGUAUGGAUAUGGUGCCUCCCUCCUCUGCAACCUAAUUGGUUUCGUCUAUCCAGCCUAUUAUUCAAUCAAAGCAAUUGAAAGUCUGAACAAAGAAGACGACACAAAAUGGCUGACGUACUGGGUGGUGUACGGCGUCUUCAGCCUGGGCGAGUUCUUCUCCGAUAUUUUCCUCUACUGGUUCCCGUUCUACUACGCUUUUAAGUGUCUCUUCCUGUUGUGGUGCAUGGCUCCGAUGUCGUGGAACGGCUCCCAGAUCAUCUACAACAAAGUGGUUCGGCCCGUCUUCCUGCGCCACGAGGCCAUGGUGGACAACAUGGUGAGCAACCUCGGAGGGAAGGUCAUGAGCGCCGCGGAGAACCUCACCAGAGAAGUCCUGACCACUCUGAUGAAGAAUAGAUCUCUGGUGACUCAGGUGCAGCCGGUCGGUCAGUCUGAACCAAAGAGUUUACCGAGUUCGUCAGGAGAAACAUCAGCAGCUAAAGUAGCUCCGUCAGAGCCGAGCGAAGACCGAGCAGAUGAGCUCAGUGUAGACUGACGUCCUACAGAUAGCCGCAGAGGAGGAGGAGGAGCCUCAGUGAGGAAGAGGAGGAGCCUCAGUGAGGAAGAGGAGCAGAGAGCGAAGGUUUUCCUCUUCGUCCUUACAGCGAGCAGAAGACUUCCUGUCAAAGACACUGAUUUCCUUUAUACAUCAGCCUGUAUUAAAUAUAAAACUCUGAUUUUACCUUUUAUUUAUUUAUAUUUAUGAAUUAUUUUGGGCGUCUGAGGGAUUUCUUUUGGGAUGCAAAGCACCUGAAACUGGAUAAUAACAAACUCACAGAUUCUCCAGCAGGUUCACCUGUGGACCAGCGCCACCUAGAGGAACGGGCAGUAACAGCAACGUGUCAGUGUCGCCUCCUGCAGGCAGUGAGUGGUACAGCUGCACUUUCUCUCUUUUAUGUGUUUUAGGUUUUCUAUGUAACAUCUGCAGCAGCAGCUGGUUCUCGGUGUGUCCUCCUGUUUGUGUUGCUCUUAUUUAUCUUAUAUAUGUUUCUGAUGUGUUUAUAAACAUAAAUGAGAUUAUGACCUUUAUGAUAAGAAAUAAAAAGUACUCAUGACAAUGAAACUAAAUGCUCGACUGUUCUGUUGAAUGUAGAUACUGCCGCGCUUUGAGCCACUGUUUGUCA